AUGUCGUCCCUCACGGCAGACGAGCGCCUGGCGCUCAUAAGGGAGAACCUAGCGGAGAUGCUUAACCCGGAGAUCAUCGAGAAGAUUGUGCGCGAGGGUGGCAGCCCGAGGGUGUACUGGGGCACCGCGACGACGGGCCGCCCCCACUGCGGCUACAUGGUGCCGACGAUCAAGAUCGCGCAGCUCCUGGCGGCCGGGUGCGAGGUCACGGUGCUGCUGGCCGACAUCCACGGCUUCCUGGACAACCUGAAGGCGCCGAUCGAGCUGGUGGCUAGCCGGGCCGAGUACUACCGGUUCGUCAUCACGUCGCUGCUCAAGGCCAUGGGCGUAUCAGUCGACAGGCUGCGCUUCGUGCUGGGGAGCUCCUACCAGAAGAACCCCGAGUACGUCAUGGACCUGUACAAGAUCUGCUCCCUCGUCAGCGAGCACGACGCCAAGAGGGCCGGCGCAGAGGUCGUCAAGCAGUCGGACAAUGCGCCGCUCAGCGGCCUGCUCUACCCGGCCCUUCAAGUCCUCGACGAGGAGCACCUCAAUGUCGACGCGCAGCUCGGCGGUGUGGAUCAGCGCAAGCUGUUUGUCGCUGCUACUGAAUGGCUUCCCAAGCUGGGAUACAGGCUGCGCGCCCAUCUUCUCAACGCCAUGGUUCCCGGUCUUCAGGGAAGCAAAAUGAGCUCCAGCGAUGAGAACAGCAAGAUUGACCUCCUCGACACUCCUGAUGCUGUCCUGAAAAAGGUCCGCAAGGCCGUCGCUGCUCCCAAGGAGGUCGAGGGUAACGGCGUCCUGGCCCUGGUCGAAUAUGUCCUCCUUCCCCGUUCAGAGCUCAAGACCGGAACCCGCCAGUUUGUCGUCGAGCGUGAACGUGACGGCCUCGAGCCUCUGGUCUACAGUGAUAUCAAGCAGGUUCACGAAGAUUACAGGAAUGAUGUGCUCACUCCUCAACUCCUCAAACCCGCCGUGGCCAAGGGUCUCAGCGAAAUCAUGGAACCCAUCCAGGCCGACUUCACUUCGUCAAAGGAGUGGCAGGACAUCACUGAAAAGGCCUACCCUCCCCCCCCUGAGCCCAUCAAGAAGAAGAAGAUCAAGGACAAGGGCUCCAGGCACCCCGGUGCCGGUGCUAACAAGCCCGCUGCCGGCAAUGCCAAGCCAGACGAGGCCAAGCCUGUCGAGGGGGAGGCCAAGACUGAGGAGGUGCCCAUU